AUGAAUUGUAUUUCAUUAUCGAAAUCAAUUCGAAUUCUUUAUAUUCCACCAUAUUAUGAAAAUAAUUUUCAAUUAGCAUUGGAUAGAUUAAUAACACAUGACAAACAUGUCGAAUAUCAAAUAUAUACUAUUAAUAAAAAAAUUACGACAAUAGAUUUUAAUUUUUUAUUAUCAAUGUGUAGAAAUCUAAUUAAUGACGAACAUAUACAAAUGCUUAUUAGUGAUAGUUAUAUAGGUCAAUUAAUAGUAGCUAAAUUAUGUCAAGAAUAUCCACAAAUACACAAUGGUGGAAUGAAUCUUAUUCAUACACUUCAAUGUAUAAAUCGAUUUUUAAUAAUAGAAUUAUUUGGUAUGGAUGAAUGUAUACCAACAUUAUGUAUUGAUAUAACAGAUGAUUGGAAAAGAAAUUUUCAAAUUGUAGAAACAUUUUUAUCAAAUAAUAAUAUUGACGGUUAUAUGAAAUCAUUAUAUACUUUUGAUAAUCACUUGUCUAGUUUACGUUUUUCAAAUUGGAAAAAUCAUAUGGAGAUUAUUGAUACUUAUAUUGAACGUUAUAAACAACAAUAUAUGACAAGUCUUUUGCCAUUUUUUCGUGUUUAUAUAUCAAUAAAACAAUAUCCAUUGAUAUUUAAACCAAGUUAUAUUAUUCAACCUUUUUUUGAUCUUGUUACAUAUCCAUAUUGGCGUGUUGUUAUUGCUAGCGCAUGCAUAUAUGAAAAAGAAAUUAUUAUGUGGCCUCUUGUUGAUGGUUAUUCUGGAUGGCCAUUUUUGGCUGAAAAGCCAUUAGCAAUUAUGCCUAUCAUUGUUUGUCCAAGUCGACAAAUUUCAAAUGAACAACAAAGUUUAAUUUAUACUCGUUUUCGACAACAUCUGAAUCAUCUUAUAACAAAUUAUCAUCUUUGUUAUGGUUGGAUUCAAUGUUCUUAUUUUAUAUCAUGUACAAAUGAAAUUCGUCUAAUAUCAAUUAAACCAACUUAUUCUAUUUAUCUAACUGAAGCAUUUAAUUCAACAAAUCAAUAUGGAAAUCCACUAGUAGCUCUUGUUCAAUUAUCAAAUCGUCAACGACCUCAAACACCUAUUCUCAAUGGUAAAACUGUUUAUAUUCAUCGAUUAUGGAUGAAUAUUCAAGAAAAACAUUGUAUUAAUGAUUUAAUUAAUAUGAAAGAAAUUAAAAGAAUUCAUCGAUCAAAUAUUUCUAUAAAUCCUUAUGUUCGAUUACGUUAUCAAGACAAUGAUAUAAUUAAUAAUAAUAACGAACAAAAUUUUAUUGAAAUUGGUUUUAUUCAAGUUAAUGGAGAAUAUUAUGAAAUAGGUUUAACAAAUUUAAUUGACUUUCGUUAUACAUUAUUAAAAAAACCUGAACUAUUUCCAUUUGUUCAUCAUUCAAUGUUAUCUAAUAAUCAAUAUCAAUUUGAUCCUAUAACAUGUUUACCAUCUAAUAAAUUACUUGAACAAUUAGAAAAACUUCAAAGACAAGAAGAAAAAGAUUUGAUUUAA